CAGAAGAGCCAUGGCUUUGAGGAAGGUUGAUGUGCCUUGUCAGGCUGAGGUGACUGGCUGAUGUUUGAACACCAGCUUGGGUUUUCUCUCUGCUGGUCACACCCAAAAUGGGGAGGAUCAGCAUCUCAUGUUUGCUUCCUGCUUCUUGGCACUUCAGCAUCUCUCCAGUGGGAUGUCCACGUGUCCUCAACACCAGCCUGAGGCAGAUCCUGGUGGUUGGAGUCCUGGCUGCUGCUCUCUCUCUGCUUUACUAUUCCCUGGUGGUCAUCAGGAGCAAGUAUGGGCGUGCCUACAGGGACAAAAGCUUCCACAGAUACCUUGCCAGGGUCACUGACACAGAGGCCACAGACACCAACAAUCCCAACCUCAACUAUGGCAUCGUUGUGGACUGUGGCAGCAGUGGCUCCAGGAUCUUUGUGUAUUGUUGGCCCAGGCACAAUGGCAAUCCCCAUGACCUGCUGGACAUCAAGCAGAUGAGGGACAAAGCCAGGAAACCAGUGGUGAUGAAAAUUAAACCAGGCAUCUCAGAGUUUGCCAGCUCUCCAGGCCAGGUCAGUGAUUACAUCUCCCCACUGCUCAGCUUUGCUGCUGAGCACGUGCCCCGUGCCAAGCACAAGGAGACUCCUCUCUACAUCCUGUGCACUGCAGGCAUGAGGAUCCUGCCAGAAAGCCAGCAGAAGGCAAUCCUUGAAGAUCUGCUCACUGAUAUCCCUGUGCAGUUUGACUUCCUCUUUUCAGACUCCCAUGCAGAGGUGAUUUCAGGGAAGCAGGAAGGAGUUUAUGCAUGGAUUGGCAUCAACUUUGUGCUUGGAAGAUUUGAGCAUACAGAUGAUGAGGAUGAAGCAGUUGUGGAGGUCCUUGUGCCAGGCAGUGAGAACAAGGAGGCCAUCUUCAGAAAGAGGACAGUGGGUAUCCUUGACAUGGGUGGAGUCUCGACUCAGAUUGCAUAUGAAGUCCCUAAAACUGUAAGCUUUGCCUCUCCACAGCAGGAGGAGGUAGCCAAAAACUUGCUGGCAGAGUUCAACCUGGGUUGUGAUGCUCAUCAAACUGAGCACAUCUACAGAGUCUACGUCGCCACCUUCCUGGGCUUCGGAGGCAACGCAGCGAGGCAGAGAUAUGAGGAGAGCCUCUUUGCCAGCACAGUGCUCAAGAACAGGCUGCUGGGCAAGCAGACAGGUCUGACCUCUGAUUCCCCCUACCUGGACCCCUGCCUGCCCCUGGAUGCUGAGGAUGAAAUCCAGCAGAGUGGGCAGGUCCUGCACCUGCGGGGCACGGGCGACUUCCAGCUCUGCCGUGAGCUCCUCCAGCCCUUCAUGAACAAGACCAAUGAAACCCAGACCUCCCUCAAUGGUGUCUACCAGCCUGCUGUGCCCUUCCACAACAGUGAAUUCUAUGGCUUCUCAGAGUUCUACUACUGCACUGAGGAUGUGCUGCGCAUGGGAGGAGACUACAACGCUGCCAAGUUCACUAAAGCUGCCAAGGAGUACUGUGCCACGAAGUGGUCUGUCCUGCGGGAGCGUUUUGACCGGGGCCUUUAUGCCUCACACGCUGAUCUCCACAGACUGAAGUACCAGUGUUUUAAAUCUGCCUGGAUGUAUGAAGUGUUCCACAGUGGCUUCUCUUUCCCUGUCACUUACAGCAACUUGAAGACAGCUCUGCAGGUGUAUGACAAAGAGGUGCAGUGGACCCUGGGGGCCAUCCUCUACCGAACUCGCUUUCUACCUUUAAGAGACAUCCAGCAAGAGAACUUCCGUGGCAGCCACUCACACUGGAGGAGCUUCUCCUUUGUUUACAACCACUACCUGUUCUCUGCCUGCUUCCUGGUCGUGCUGCUCUCCAUCCUGCUCUACCUGCUGCGCCUGCGCCGCAUCCACCGCCGCAUGCUGCGCAACUCCUCCUCCCCUGCCCUGUGGCUGGAGGAAGGGCUCCCCCCACAGAAGAUCCCAGGACCCUGAGGAGAUGCUGGGAUGGAGCUGUGCUUUUGUUGGGACUUGCUACACACACACACA